AUGAUGAAAAUAAUAAAACGAUUUUUGCCGCAAUACGGCAAACUUCUUCAUGUCCAAAAAAUCAAAAUAAACGUUGAAAAUAUACGAUUCGGCAAUGAAAGUGCCAUCUCGCGUAUAUUUUCAACAUUUAUUCUGAUUUUUUGGACACCUGGAAGAUUCGGUUUAAUUUCGCAAAUUGUUAUAAAUAAAAGUGGUGAAAAAGAAAUUUUUGGAAACUUAAGAAUAAUCUGUGCGAAUAUUACGAAUGAAUGUUGGAUUUUUAGGAUUGGUUGUCUGAGCUCGUCAUAUAUUUAUUGUAGGAUUAGAUAUUGA